AUGAUCCGUUUAACACUAAACACGCUCUGCACGCUGCUCUUGAUUGGGCUGGCAGCUGCAAGUCCAACACUGCAAGCCAGCGGUUUCAAGGAUGGCCGAAUCGUCGGCGGAUAUGAUGCCGUACCGGGACAGUUUCCCUAUCAGGUGUCAUUGAGACGGCCACCAAACUUCCACUUCUGCGGUGGUUCUAUCAUCGGUCCGCGGUGGGUUCUAUCGGCAGCACAUUGCACGAUUUCAAUGGAACCGGCCAACUUGAAUGUGUACGUUGGCAGUGUGAAGCUGGCGUCGGGUGGUAUCUAUCAUCGAACGAUGCGCGUCGUCAACCAUCCGUUGUACGAUCCGGAUACGAUUGAGAAUGACAUCAGCUUGAUACAGACGGUGCAACCGAUCGUGUUCAAUGAGGACACGCAACCAAUUGCGUUACCGUCCACGAACUUGCUUGCCGGAACCGGAGCUACCAUUUCGGGUUGGGGUCGAUCGAAUACGAUGGACAGUGGAACCGCUGAAGUGCCGGACAACUUGCAAUACCUCACAGUGGACGUACUGACGAUGGAAGAAUGCCGUGCCGAGCGUCCCGGCUCUAACAACAUCUUCGACAGUGUUAUGUGCGUCUCUAGUCCUUCCGGACAGGGUGCCUGUUCCGGUGAUUCGGGUGGUCCGUUGGCGUUCGAUGGAAUGGUGCACGGUAUUGCGUCGUUCGUUCGCGUUCCCUGCGCUACCGAUGUUUCGGACGUUUACGAACGUGUUUACUCGCAUCGAUCGUGGAUCGCUUCGGUCACAAUGUGA